GAAAAUAUCACAACCUGUCAUAGCCCACUCGACAUUCAGUUGGUUCAUUUCGUUAAUCAGGUGAAAAUAUGAACAAAAUAUUAACAGUUUUUGCGUUCAUCGCAGUGCUACAGUUCGUAAACUGUCAAGACAACCGAUUAGCUAAUUGCAUGCAUAAAUUAAAAUCUGAGAUAAGCUCCCUACAAUCACGGAAAACUGUUCCGAAAUGCAUGAAUGGAGAGAAACUGGCGAAGGUAUUGGAAAGUUCCAAAAAUCUAAAGGAAAUAAUUGAAGAGAUCACAAAAUCUUGCAAAGAAGAAGGAUUGUCAAAAUGCUUCUCGUCAUUUAGGCAACUACUCCUUCAAAAUCAAGACUCAAUAAAAAGUGAUUCUUCAAAAUUUUUGAGUGACCUGAUGGAAUUAUUCACUCCAUGUCUAGGUGAUCUACAGAAAAAUUUAUCCACUAUGGAUGAUUUUAUAAAGAAGGGUUGUCCAGAUGAGUGACCUUCCAAGAAGCAUGUUAUUUUUAUGUACCGUCAUCACAUAAUGUGUUCAACCGAAACUAUUGAAAUGCAUGUGUUUUAAGUCUCAAAAAGAAGUUCAAUAUAUUUUCAUUUCACCUCUGA